CGCUACGCAACCAGAUCCGGAGUAGAGCCGUCCAGCUACAGGCGUUUUGAAGUCCAGUGCGCCGAGCGUCUCCCUUUUCACAGGCUCGACCCUUAUUAUCACAAGAGUGGUUUACCUGCGACAAAGAAGCUCACUUCGCCCGGAGAUAUGCAUCCAGCAACUGCCAAGUGGUACGACAGGAGGGACUCUGUUUUUAUAGAGUUCUGUGUAGCAGACAGCAAAGAUGUUGCAGUCAAUUUUGAUAAAACAAAAUGUGGUUUCAGUUGUGUUGGUGGAACUGACAAUGCGAAGCUCAAGAAUGAGAUAGACCUUUUUGAUGCCAUCGAUGAGAGUCAAUCCAAACAUAAACGCACAGAUCGUUCGGUCUUGUGCUAUCUACGGAAAGCCCAGCCGGGGAAGCCAUGGCCAAGGCUAACGAAAGAGAAGGCUAAGCUGAGCUGGCUAAGUGUUGACUUCAACAACUGGAAGGACUGGGAGGAUGACUCAGAAGAGGAAAUGGGCAACUUCGAUCAAUUCUCAGAUAUGAUGAACAACAUGGGAGGAGAGGACGACCUGGGUGAUCUAGAUGGUGCAGAUGAAGACGACUCUGCAGAUAGUGACGAUGAAAAAAUGCCAGACUUGGAGUAGAAACCUGUCGACUUCUAAAGAAAGGGGAACAACGGGGGACAAGAGGAAUCUUUAACAAAUGUAUAUGUUGAAACUGAAGGCAGUGACAAACGGCUGUACAUAUGAGUCCGUAGCCAUAUUUAAAUCCAUAGCCUCCGCUCCAAACUGUUGGACCAGUCGUCUACUCAAGGUUGAUUUGCAUGGUAUUGUACAGAGCAGCUAUUUCCACAUCCAUUUGCUGUACUGCACCUUUUCAGGAAUCUUGUUUUUAACGUUAAAUAUUACAACCAAGCACACCUUUUUAUUUCUUGGGGCUGGGGGGGGCGCUGUAAACUUGUACUCAUCUGAGCAAUAUAUGUUGAGAGCAAAGAUUUACUGUUUCCAAAUUAAUUGUAGUUUAAAAAUGAUCAGACCCACUUCUUCCUAAUGUGUUUUUUUUAAGUUGGUCGACGAGUGUAGUGCGUCAAAAUUAAAACGGUAGAUGCGUUUGUUGAUGAGGUUUCUCUAAAGCCUUCCAUGUGCUGUAAAUUAGAUAUUUGGGAUCUGUAUCAACAACUUCACUUUACAGUCUACAUGUUUCCCUUGUAAAAAUCUGUAAAAUUUGAAGCCUGACGUCGUUGCAUAUCUCUCUGCAUCUUUUCAGUGGUUUUUUUCCGUACUAAUUGAUUACCUAUUUGAUCAGCUCUCACUUCAUACCUGCCUAACAUGCACGUUUCACAGAAGAGGUGAAUGUUUCAGCUUACAGAGGGGCUCAAAACUUGGUGUGGCCUCAACAUGACGUGGUUUGUUGCUAUCCUCCUGGGUUUGUUUUAUCUUUUGUCCCUUGCAGGUGAGGGAGUGUCGAAACAAAACUGCAACCAGUGAUGACCAAAACUGUAAAGGGAGACGAGUGAUGUUCUAUUAUAGUGGAAAUUAUUUCUUUUUUUUACUGUCUACAUCUUUCUAAUAAAC